GCGAACUCAUGAUCUCUCCUCCCCAGACAAGGUUUCUGCUAAUGAUCACAUUGCUAAAGAAUCUGGUUAUUUAUGCUACACGAAAAUCGAAGAACUACUCGCAGCUAUUAUCUUCCACGGUUUCUCUAAACAGUCUCUUGCAAGCCCGGCGAAUAGUUAUUUGCGAGAAACUCUACUUUUGGCAGCUACACUUGAUAUUGAGAUUAUGGCACAUAGAUCCCGGGAACUGAUAGUAAGCUCGCGGACGCGCUGUCACGCUUUAAGUGAAGUUCUGGGACGGGCCGUUGCAAGGCAGACACUCUCAAAUAACAACUUUCCCAACUCAGAUCAUAUCACCUUGAUCGUCGUCUCCCGACAAAAGUCUUCGACAGCAAGUUUUUCCGAAGGGUACUA